AUGCACAGGAACUCAACCCCAGCGAACCACUACACUUUCCCCUUCGUGCUCAAGGCGCUGGCGGAUUUCAAGCUGAUGAAAGAGGGAAAAUCGGUGCACGCUCAGGUAAUCAAAUUGGGUUUUCUGAACGAUGUUUAUGUUGGGAACUCGUUGCUGAAUCUGUAUGCUGCCGGUGGGGAUAUGUGUUUGUGCGGGAAAAUGUUUGGUGAAAUGCCCCUGAGAGACGUGGUCUCGUGGACGGUUAUGAUCUCGGGUUUUAACGAAGCUGGUAAAUACGAUGACUCGUUGAUCACGUUCGAGAAGAUGAGAAGCCAUGGCGUGAUGCCCAAUCGGGUAACGGCCGUGAAUGCCUUAGCUGCCUGUGCGGGCCGUGGGGCUCUGGAUAUGGGCAUUUGGGUUCACGAGUACGUGAAAAGUAGCCGUUGGGAGAUGGACUUAAUCUUAGGCACUGCAUUAAUCGACAUGUAUGGAAAAUGUGGGCAGAUAGAAAACGGGCUGCUCGUUUUUCACCAAAUGGCCAAAAAAAACGUGUGCACUUGGAACACGGUUAUUAAAGGGCUAGCUCUAUCCAAGAAUGGGAAAGAAGCUAUGAAGUAUUUUCUCAUGAUGGAGAAUGAAAAGGCCCGGCCCGAUGAGGUGACUCUAAUUGCAGUUCUCAGCGCGUGCGUGCACUCGGGCCUCGUGCACAUGGGCCAGCUAGUUUUUUCUGCAUUGGCUGACGGGAAGUACGGGUUUUCGCCUAACGUGAAGCAUUAUAGCUGCAUGGUGGAUCUUUUGGCGCGCUGCGGGUGUUUGGAUGAGGCUGUUGGGUUGAUUAAAGAGAUGCCAUUUGAGCCGAGUGUGAGUAUUUGGGGUGCUUUGCUUGCGGGGUGUAGAGCUUUGGGGGAGUUUGAUUUGGGUGAAUUUGCGGCUUUAAAGAUGGUGGAGUUGGAGCCUGGGAAUUUCAGUUAUUAUGUUGCGCUAUGUGAUUUGUAUGUGGAAAAUGGAAAAUGGGAUGAUGUAAAGAGGGUUCGGAAGUUGAUGAAAGGGAUGGGGCUCGAAAAGGAUAUAGGCAGCAGCAGCAGCAGCCUCACGGUCGAGCUUAAGAAUUCGCUUUAA